GCUUCUUGAGAGAAUCAGGGUCAGACGGACCCAUUGCAACGCUUUGUCCUCCUCCUUCAUACAUAUACAUAUACAAAGAAAAAACAGCUUCUACGCCUGGUCUUUUUCAAUGGCGUAUUUUUGACUUUCCGAUUCUAUCCCUCCCGUCUUUAAAUAAUUCCAGCACAAUCCCAGCCUUGAGCCUUUCAUUUCUUCUCCAUCUACCUAGAAAUUAGAAUGUCCAAAUUCUAAAGGGUAAAUACUUCAAUUUUCUCUAAGAUUUUUUUUUUUUUUUUUUUUUUUGUGUGUGUUUUGUUUUUUUUUGGGGUACGGUUUUCGUUGGCUGAAUUGCGCUGUCAAUCGGAUGGAGACGAAGGAGGAGGACGCGAGGAACUCGGUGCUGAGUCAACUGGUUGAGUCGGUGAAGGCGAUUUCCGAGUCGUCGGAGUGCUGCAACGCGUUCAAGAAGAUUUGCGGGAAUUUGGUACGGAGAGUGAAGCUGCUGAGCCCUCUUUUCGAGGAAUUGAGGGACAGUGACAAACAAGUGGUGGGUGAAGAGGAAGUGAAGGCCUUUGAAUCGCUGAGACUCGCUUUGGUUUCUACUAAGUUGCUUCUGGAGUCGGUCAACCAGGGAAGCAAGCUUUAUCAGGCUUUUCAUAGGGACGAGAUUGUAAAUAAGUUCCACCAAAUGACAGAACAAAUAGAAGCAGCAUUGAAGGAGAUUCCUUACGAUAAAUUCCCUAUAUCGGAUGAAGUUCGAGAACAGAUUGAACUUGUGCAUGCUCAAUUCAAAAGAGCUAUAGAAAGAAAAGAAUCAUUUGACUCACAACUGGAGAUGGAUUUAGAUGUGGUCGAGAAAGAAAAAGAGCCAGACCCUCCAACUCUUAAAAGACUUUCAGAAAAGCUGCAUCUUAAGACAAUCUGUGACCUGAAGAAAGAGUCGCUUGCUUUCCAUGAAUUGGUUAUUGCAAGCGGUGGAGAUCCUGGCGAGUCAUUUGAACGGAUGUCAUUAAUACUGAAGAAGUUAAAGGAUUGUGUACUAUCGGAAAAUCCAGUGGAUGACACCUGUAAAGGUGAUCAGAGCUCGGUUAAGCACAGAUCUCCUGUUAUCCCAGACGAUUUUAGGUGCCCAAUAUCUCUCGAAUUGAUGACAGAUCCAGUCAUUGUCUCUACUGGACAGACAUAUGAACGGUCCUGUAUUCAGAAGUGGCUGGAAGCAGGACAUAAAACCUGUCCCAAGACCCAGCAGUCACUAAUGCACACAGCCUUGACACCUAACUAUGUUUUGAAAAGUCUAAUUGCUUUAUGGUGUGAGAAUAAUGGUGUUGAGCUGCCAAGAAAGCAAGGAAAAAGUAAAAGCAAGCAAAAUGGAAGCAAAUUUUCUGACUGUGAUCGAGCUGCUAUUGAUGCCUUAUUAGAAAAAUUAGCUAAUGGGAAUCCAGAAGAACUAAGAUCAGCUACUGGUGAGCUCCGCUUGCUUGCAAAGAGGAAUGCAGAUAAUAGAGUUUGUAUUGCUGAGGCAGGAGCCAUUCCGCUCCUUGUUGAACUGUUAUCCUCCCAAGACCCACGUACUCAGGAACAUGCAGUUACAGCUCUUCUCAACCUUUCGAUAAAUGACAGUAACAAGGGAAAUAUUGUAAAUGCAGGAGCUAUACCUGAUAUAGUAGAUGUGUUGAGAAAUGGCAGCAUGGAGGCUAGAGAAAAUGCAGCUGCAACCCUUUUCAGUUUGUCUGUCAUUGAUGAGAACAAGGUCGCAAUAGGAGCAGCUGGGGCUAUCCCAGCUCUUAUAAAUUUGCUGUGUGAGGGGACUCCAAGAGGUAAAAAGGAUGCUGCCACAGCUAUUUUCAAUCUUUCGAUCUACCAGGGCAACAAGGCCAGAGCCGUUAAGGCUGGUAUUGUAGUUCCAUUGAUGAGAUUGCUGAAGGAUGCAGGAAGUGGUAUGGUGGAUGAGGCACUAGCAAUUUUGGCCAUUCUUGCCAGCCAUCAAGAAGGGAAGAUGGCAAUUGGUCAUGCUGAGCCAAUCCCUACAUUGGUUGAGGCUAUACGAACUGGUUCCUACCGUAAUCGGGAGAAUGCGGCCGCUGUAUUGUGGUCAUUGUGUACUAGUGACCAGCAACAGUUGAAGCUAGCAAAGGAGCUUGGUGCAGAAGAGGCAUUGAAAGAACUGUUGGAAAAGGGUACUGACAGGGCCAAGAGAAAAGCUGGAAGUAUUUUGGAAGUCCUCCAACGGCUUGAAAGUAAUUGUUAAUUCAUGAAGAUAAGGACCGUGUUUUAAGUCAUUCAUUUGCUGUCUGAUAUAAGGUGAAGAAAGAGUAGUCGGUAGGUAUAGUGGGAAUCGACAUGGGGAAAUUGUUGUAUUGUUUGUAUUACCAUAUACAUAGGCACUUAAAUUGUGUUAAUGAAGGGAUAAAUGGGGAGCUUAAGUUAUAAAAGAUAGUUGAAUUUAGGUGUUCAAGGACAUCAUUGAGAGUGAUAGGAAGGUUCUCACCCGAAAAAAAGGCCAAGAAAAAAGGGUUUUUAGGUCAUCGACUCCUUGCCCUGAUCAGCUAUAGGAGGAAUAGGUGCUUUAAUUAUGUGCCCCGUAUACAGAAGACUAAAAGGUUACUUUUGCUUGGAUUAGGGACAUAAAAGUUAACGGUGACUGUGGAAGAACCUAACUUCACAAUUCUGCCUGUUGUCAUGCCUCUACCUUCUGAAUAUCAUUUUCAUCCAUCGUGACAAGAGAACGGUGCUUCUGAUUUUGUAAAAGUUCGUGUUUCAUAUCUGUAUCUGUAAAUAGCAGCAUUUUAAGUAAACGGUAAUGCUAGAUUUGUCAAAAUUUUCAUCAAAUUUAUUUAUCAAAUAAUAUAAAAGAUGGUGUAAUAAUAUUUAAUUAUUUUUUUA